CAGUACUGGCAGUACCUGGCGUGCAAGGUGUGGCCGGAGCGCUGCGAGGCGGAGGAGGACGAAGAAGAAGAGUCCAGUCCCAGCAGCCCGGGCUGGAGCUUGCCUCUGGUGGGCCGGGAUUACCUGGAGAUCCUCUCUGCCUGGUACUGUAGCUUCGGCAAGUGCUGCAAGACAGGAGACUGCAGGAUAGUCAACAAUAUCACAGGGCUAGAAGCAGACCUCAAUGGGCAGCUCCAUGGGCAGCACUUGGCCAAAGAAGUCGUCGUGCGGGCGGUGCAGGGGUUCCUGCAGAGCCCACAGCCAGAGAAGGCUCUGGUCCUCUCCUUCCACGGCUGGUCUGGCACAGGCAAGAACUUUGUGGCUCGGAUGGUGGCCAGUCACCUGUACCGGGACGGGCUGAAGAGUGUGUGUGUCAGGGUGUUCAUCUCGCUCUUCCACUUCCCUCAUCACAAGUAUGUGGACUCGUACAAGGCUCAGCUGAAGAAGCAGAUAAGCGAGACUGUGCAGCUCUGCAAGCAGUCCCUGUUCAUCUUUGAUGAGGCAGAGAAACUUCAUUUCAGCCUCCUGGAUGCCAUCAAGCCCUUCAUGGCUCACUAUGCCAACAAGGGCCAGGUGGAUUACCCGAGAUCCAUCUUCCUUUUCCUCAGCAAUCUUGGCGGCAACACCAUCAAUGAGGUAGCCUUGGACUUCUGGCGAGCUGGCCGGGUGCGGGAGGAGAUCUCCAUGGAGUUCCUGGAGCAGCGGCUGCGAAAAAAAUGAAGGUAAGAGCCGGAGAACGGUUAUGCCCGCAGCAACCUCCUCAAAGACAACCUCAUUGAUUUCUUCGUGCCGUUCCUGCCCCUGGAGUACCACCACGUGAGGCUCUGUGCGCGGGACGCUUUCCUGGCCCGUGGACUUCCAUACACCGAGGCAGCCCUUGAUGAGGUGGCCAGGAUGAUGGUGUUUGUCCCCAAAGAGGAGAAGCUUUUCUCUGCACAGGGCUGCAAAACUGUAUCCCAGCGCAUCAAUUACUUCCUUCCUUGA